GGGUCGACACUUUAGACAAUUCUCAAAAGGGUUGUUGUCUUGUCUCAUGCUUCACUCUGUGAGUGUGUCUGUCUGAAAGAAAGAGAGUAGACAGAGAUGGAGGGUGGGAAGAGAGGAGAUGAAGCAGGCCCAUCAUCAGAAAAGCUAGGGGAACUGAGUGAAAAGCUAAAUGAGGUCUGUCAUGUUGGAGAAGAUGAAGAAGAUGAAGAUGAAGAUCACAGGAGUAAUGGGGUUGCUGCUGGCUUUGUUCCUGGGCCUUUGGUCUCUCUCAAGGAGCAAAUUGAGAAAGACAAGGAUGAUGACAGCUUACGGAGGUGGAAGCAGAAGCUGCUUGGUUGCUUGGAAAGCGAUUCGGAUGGCCAAAUGGAACCUGAAGUCAAAUUCCACUCCAUCAGUAUCGUCUCCGAUGAUUUUGGGGAAAUAAAUACUCCAUUGCCCGUUGAUGAAAAUCAGAUUGGCCGUGUGCUGUUUACACUCAAAGAAGGAUCUGAAUAUCGGCUUAAGCUCACAUUUAGUGUUCUGCACAACAUUGUUUCUGGCCUUACCUACUCCAACACAGUGUGGAAAGGAGGACUCCAAGUUGAUCAAAGCAAAGGAAUGUUGGGUACAUUUGCUCCAAAUAGAGAACCCUAUGAGCACACCUUGGAAGAGGAGACCACUCCAUCUGGGGUGCUUGCAAGGGGACUUUACUCGGCGAGGCUUAAGUUUGAAGACGAUGACAAGAGAUGUUAUAUGGAACUGAAAUACUCCUUUGAGAUCAAAAGGCAGAGUUAGCCGACUUUUUCUGGAAGAAACUGCUGUUGUUUCCUCCUUGUUCUUCUUGUAUCCAUGAACCACAUUCUUUACUCGUACUUGUGAUACAAAUGAACAAUGGAAAUCUCAUGUCUGUUUUCAUGGCUUGUGAUU